AUGUCGACUAAUGCUGAUAGAGGACGGAUGUAUAAGCGAAUAAAUAAGAACGGUACUAUAAAUCCAGUUUUCCAAGUCGAAGUAGUUGGAUUUUUGGACUUUGCUUUCUCUAAUGAACGAUCUACAAUAAGAUGUCCUUGUAAGAAGUGUCAACUUCAAAAGUUCAAAAAUAGAGACGAGAUUCAUAUAGACUUGUUACGAAAAGGAUUCAUGAUCAAUUAUAGUCACUGGUAUGCACACGGUGAAUUAGAACCCGAACUUCAACAACCACAACAAACAAUAAUGGACGAAGAUUACAAUGAGUUUGAUGAUGUUGAACAAAUGGUCAUGGAUCAAAAUGUUCCUAGUACAUCAAGUACGUGGGACGAGCAAGAACCAAAUCAACAUGCACAACGUUUCUAUGAUAUGUUACAAGCUGCAAACGAGCCGUUGUGGGAGGGAUGCCAGAGAUUUUCAAAGUUACAGGCAGCGGCAAGGUUUUUGAAUUGGAAGGCAGAUUGCGAUGUACCAGAGACAACCUUCAAUCGUAACCUUACUAUGGUAAAAGAAAUGCUACCUGACGGUGAACAACUGGUUGGUAGCUUUUACGAGACAAAGAAGAUGUUGAAGGAGCUUGGUCUUCCGAADGAAAARAUACAUGCUUGCAAGAACCAUUGCAUGUUAAUUUAUAAGGAAUUUGCUAAUCAUAACAGUUGUGUAGUAUGUGGGGAGUCUCGUUACAAGACAACAGGCCGAAACAAUAAGGUGCCUAAUUUGGUGUUGACGUAUUUGCCAAUUACACCCAGAUUACAAUGGUGGUAUUUGUGUAAGAAAAUAGCAAAGGAGAUGACUUGGCACCAUGAUCAUCAAACCGAUACAGGAAAGAUGGUACAUCCAAGUGAUGGGGAGGCUUGGAAACAUUUUGACAGAAUGCAUCCCGAUUUUGCUCAAGAUGAAACGUGCCAACCCACAUAUUGCAUGUAA